AUGCUGUUCCAUAUUGCUCGUGCAGCCCACGCUCUCGUUACGGCUCCGUUUCCAACAGGUUGGCGAUACGCCUAUUUCCAUACCGUUCUCUGUGCUCGUGUUAAAGGCAAUGCAAUGCGUCUUGCAAUGGAUGUUGAACGCCGUGCCCGUGGAGAGGUUGUGGAGAAGAAACCAAAGAAGGUUCAUGAGCUGCCGCUUUGUCAAGCAAUGGAACUUUGUAAGAGCGCAUUAUCUUCGUAUAAUCGUGCGGAAGCUGAGGACCACCAGGGAUCAAGUAAAAAGUCUAGACGACGUCGACCUCGCUGCGUUUGUUGUUUGCAAAACACGAAUUUUGGAAUUCCAUGGGAUUUGUACUACAAAACCGUCGCUAAAAUUGGACAUUUCACGUGGUCGGCUACAUCACCUGGAAUCCCACCUCCUCGUUUAAAUACUUUCUAG